AUGUCAAAUAGUGCAUCAGCCAUCUUCAGGACUUACAACCCUGCAGCAGACCAGAAAGAUUUCAUGGGCGCUGGCAUUGCCAUAAAAGGAAGACACAAAGAAGACCUGAAGAAAAGGAGUAAAACAAUCAAUAGCAUGAUCACUGAUGCAAGAGGCUUUCAGCUAACAAAGAGAACUAUGUUAUUCGGACUACGGUCGGAUCGUCUUGUACGAGAGAUAGAUGAUAGCUUAAUAUUUGGAGAAGCGAAUGCUCAGGUGGCGCUCAGAACAAAGGAGAUACUCAGAGAGUAUGGUUGGUAUUCAGGCCAGGUAAUCAAUUUUGAUAAGUCAGGGGUUUUCUUUAGUUCUAAUGUUAUUGAUACAAAUAGAAAUGAUGUUCAAAGAAUUCUAAAGGUAUUUAGUUCAUCCAACCCGGAAAAAUACUUGAGGUUGCCUGCUAUUGUUGGGAGAAAUAAAAGAGGCGCGUUCGGUUAUUUGCUGGAUAAAUUUCACAACCAUAUUAGCAGUUGGAGUGUUCGUGCUCUCUCUCAAGGGGGUAAGAAGGUAUUCAUUAAAUCGGUUCUUCAAGCGAUUCCCCUCUUCGCUAUGACUUGUUUCUUGUUACCAAGAAGCCUUUGCUUGGAAAUUGAAAGGAUCAUGGAGAAGUUUUGGUGGCAAAAAUCAGAAACGAAUAGAGCAUUCAUUGGUGCACGUGGGAAGCCCUUUGUCAGCAUAAGGAGGAUGGGGGUCUCGAAUUCUGGGAUAUGGGGAAGUUUAACUUUGCUUUACUUGCAAAGCAGGGGUGGCAUUUAUUAA